AAUGGCGUCUUACUUGAUUGCCGGCGAGCGGCUGGUGCGCGCCUUGGCCCCCGGCGGGGAGCUGGAGCCCGAGCAGCUUCCCCGCAAGCUGCUCGCGGAGCUGGAGGCCGCCGUGGAGAAGCAGCACAAGGGCGGCGACGCCCCCCGGGGUCCCGCACGCCUGGUUCCCUUCUGCCUGGUCCGGGACCUGCACCAGCACCUGAGAGAACGGGAUUCCACACUGUACCUUCAUGAGCUCCUAGAAGGCAGUGAAAUCUAUCUCCCAGAGGUGGUGAAGCCUCCUAGGAACCCAGAGCUAGUUGCCCGUCUGGAGAAAAUUAAGAUAGAGCUGGCCAAUGACGAAUAUAAGCGGAUCACCCGCAAUGUCACCUGUCAGGAUUCAAGGCAUGGUGGGAUUCUAAGUGACCUGGGCAAGGAAGUGAGGUCAGUGAAGGCUGUGGUCAUCACCAUCUUCAACUUCAUUGUCACGGUGGCAGCCGCCUUUGUCUGCACUUACCUUGGAAGCCAGUACAUCUUCACAGAAAUGGCCUCGCGGAUACUGGCUGCAGUGAUCGUCGCCUCUGUGGUGGGUCUGGCUGAGCUGUAUGUCAUGGUGCGGGUGAUGGAAGGCGAGUUGGGAGAGAUAUAACUGGUGCUUCAUCAUCAAAGUCUGGAGACGGUUUGGAGGGGCUCCAGGCCCCCAGCUGCCAAAUACUGACUCUCAGUCAAUCCAUCAGGUUCUUUGUACUCAGCUCUAGUCAGUCAGGGCCACGCCCCUGCUACCUGCUAUUUCUGUGGGCAGCCUCAUCCUCUGUCAGUUGCCGAGGGGACAGUAGGAGGAGACUCCGACAACUGAACAGAACUGGUCUGUCGGUUCCUGAUCCACAUCCUGGAUGCUGGCCUGUAACUUAGUUCUGAAGCCUACCAAAAAGCAGAAAGGAUUCCCUUUCUCCAGGUUAUGGGGAAGAACUGAUCGGAGGACAUAAAACAAGAAGAGGAAGAUGGGUCUGUACAGAAUGGCGGAACUGGAUGUAAGGCAGCUAUUUUUUUGGAAUCUUAGUUUCUAUCUACAUUUUCUUCCCUCUGCUUGCCUUUUUUAGGGUUUCUAUAUGCUUCUGCCUGUCUCUACCACCCACCAGCCCUUCUUAAACUUCCUGUCUUCUCAUCACCUUUUGUUCUGUCUCCAAAAAUGAAAACAAUUCAGGUCGCAAAACAGUGUUUCUGCUUUUAAUUGCAAAAUCCCUUGUAUUUGUUUGUGUUUGUGGGGAGAGUAUGCCUACUGUGAGAUUGCCUCAACUAGUAAAGGGAGGGACAGGGAUGAUUUUCAGAUUUAACUAUGAAUAAACAUACACA